AUGCAUGCUAACAUACAGAAAUCUAACCUCUCUGCUGUAGAGAAACAUGCCCAAAUUGUAUUAAUCGAAUCAAUAGCGCUCAAUACCUUAUUGACCGGCCUCAAUCCAAAAAUCGCUCAUAUUAUUCGUGCUAGUAAUCCAAAAGACCUUCUUGAAGCUCAAAUCCGCAUCAGACGAGAGUUACAAUUAUCCUAUUUCGAAAUACAGAAAAUUAAUCGACCCAAUACUCCAAAACCCAGUCAAAAUAAUCAACUCAUCAGAAGACUAAACCUUCAAUCACAUAGAUGCACAUUUUGUGGACGUAUUAGCCACUCAUACAACGAAUGUCGUUCUCGACAAAAUUUGGGAUAA